AUGUGCAGAAGAUCUUAAGUCUUCCCCCUUAACCACUCGGGCAAACCACCCUAUUGUUCUUCCAACUUUCCUCUACUUCAUCUAAUACAAAACUAUUGUGUAGAACUUUCCAGAACCUUCUUCAUCAUCGUCCCGUUCCAUAUAUUUUCUCUACAUCUUCAUCUCAACAAUCCCAGAAGAAAAGGAACUUUCCAGAAUCCCAAAUUCGUAAUGGCAGAGCACUUAGCUUCAAUUUUCGGUACUGAAAAAGAUAGAGUGAAUUGCCCUUUCUAUUUCAAGAUCGGUGCUUGUAGACAUGGCGAUCGAUGUUCGAGGCUUCAUACGAAACCCAGUAUUAGUCCUACUAUUCUCCUUUCAAAUAUGUAUCAAAGACCUGAUUCAAUUACACCUGGUGUUGAUGCUCAAGGACAACCCAUUGAUCCUCGCAAAAUCCAGGAACAUUUUGAGGAUUUUUAUGAAGACUUGUUUGAAGAACUGAACAAGUAUGGAGAGAUUGAGAGCCUGAAUAUUUGUGACAAUCUGGCUGAUCACAUGGUUGGUAAUGUUUAUGUUCAGUUUAGAGAGGAAGAACAGGCUGCAAAUGCACUGAAGAAUCUUACUGGGAGAUUCUAUGCCGGAAGGCCCAUCAUUGUUGAUUUCUCUCCUGUGACUGAUUUUCGUGAAGCCACCUGUCGACAGUACGAGGAAAAUGUCUGCAACCGCGGUGGAUACUGCAACUUUAUGCACCUCAAAAAGAUCAGCAGGGAAUUGCGACGUCAGUUGUUUGGAAGGUAUAGAAGGCGGCAUAGCAGAAGCAGGAGCCGAAGUCCUUAUAGGCAUCGCAGCCAUGAAGAGCGCUCUCACAGGAGUCAUAGUAGAAAGUAUGAUGAAAGGGAUCAUUAUUAUGAGAGUCGGAGCAGGAGGAAUCGAAGUACAAGCCCUGAACACAGGAGGGGUAGGAGCAGGAGUCCUGGUAGCAGGAGAGACCGAAGUCCAGUUAGGGAUGGCAGUGAAGAGAGGCGUGCAAGAAUAGAGCAGUGGAACCGGGAAAAAGAACAGGCAGAACUUGCUAAUAGGACUAAUGCAGACAGUAAUUACAAAAAUGAAAGCAAUGAGAAUGGAUCUGCUCAAAACCAAGAUCAGUAUUAUAAUCAGCAAUGACAAGGAAGUGCAUAUGGAUAACUAAUGAAAAUAUCGUGCUGGUUGUGGAGCCAAGUCAGAGGGUAUAUACCAACAGGUUUGAUUUCUCAGGCAUUUGCAGAAUUGCAGGGGACGAGAGAAGAAUGACCGAGCUGCAGCUGGAGAUGACAAUGUUCAAAUUCUUAUUCCUUUCUUCUUCUUUUUUUUAGGGUAAUGCAACUUAGGAAGAUGGAACUGCUAGUUUUGCAUUCUCCAGACUAGUGUUUGCUAUUAUGUAUGGUGGUGAACUUGUAUGAGACCUAUUAAAGGUUGUGGAUGCUUUAGUCUGUGACUUUUCUGGAAGUCAAUCUUGAUAUUGUUUAGGUAUUUUAGAUUUUACUUCUUGAUUUUGGCUUGUGCUAUGUGUACGUAUGCAUUGCAUUUUUAUCAACUUCCCAAAUUAGACAACUGA